AUGUUAGCGCCAGUCAUAAAGCACGACUCACAUCCUGAGUCAGAUGGUUCAUGGUUGGGCGGUAGUUUGCGUUCAUCGGAUGGAGGAACAUCCUACGCUGGAGGUGUAGAUGAUAUUGGCUUGGAUGACCGAACACGCAUUGAGCGCAAAAUAGAGCAAAUCAAAGAAAGAUUAUCUCGUAUUUCUCUUGCCAGAGAGGCGGAUGUUGAUGACUUCUUGUCUAUGACUAGUAGUAUGGAAGGUGGAAGGGAAAAUCCACAACUAGCACGGGUUCGACAACAUUUCGAGAAGAAAAAUAAGAAAAGUUCGCAAGAAAUUGAACAUUUAAAGAAAAAGCUUGAACAACUGCAAUCAAAAUUAGUGGAUUUGAAUAUGGGAAUUGUCAGCGAAGUUUCACCUAAAAGUUCUGUACUUAAUAAUAUUAGGAAAACGGGUCCACUACUUCGAGAAGUGAUAGCUGCACCACGUGGUAUAGCACAUAUAAUCAAAAGUACUUUUGGAUCAGCGGAUAAUAUACCGGACAGUAUUGCUAGUGGCGCAUCCAAUGUGGGCCAUUCCACUUUUUACUCUGAUACACAAACUAAUGAUAGGAUACAUAAGUUGGAUUUCGAAAAUCGUGAUGUGGCGCCAUCACCAGCUAAGCGUGGACAUAAACGUAAUGAAACAUUGCCUUCUAUGGCAUUUGAUCUCGAUAAUUUGGUAAUCUCGUCUCUACCAGAAAUGCUCCCUCAUGAUGAACCAGAAGUCAAAUUUACUGCUGCAAAUACUGUGAUCGAAUUGCACAAUGACAUACAGGAACUGAAAGCACAAAAUCAGGCGCUUUUUGAGCAGCUAAAUAAGUUGCAGACUCAAAAUAAAUCUGAAUUCAAUUAUUUCAAUAGCGCGCUUCAUGAAGAAAGGAUCAAAACACAGAGGCUUGAAGAAAUGUUGAAUGAAACAAUUGAAUUGCAUCAAGCUGAAAUGAUUGCACUUAAAUCUGAUCUCAACACAAUUGCUACACGUAUGGAUUAUCAGUAUAGCGAUCGUUUUCGCUCCAUUGAAGAAAACAUUGAAAGUACUCAAAAUAAGAUGAUACGAAUGGAAGUAAAUGUGAAAGAAUGGACAGAAUCUCGACCACAAACAACAUUCAAUUCAGUAAUGCUUUCUGGAACAAAUAUUCUGGUGGAAUUUAUCAAGCUUGUAUUGCUUAUUGUGUCUUUUGCUCUUGAUUUUGUUAAACCUUUCACAGGCACCAGGACCCGGGCUGGAUUUGUGAUUUUUUUCUGGCUAGCGCUAAUGAUUUUAACACAUUUCAUCGAUCUUGACGAAUUAAUGCGAAGAAUUGGUGGCAUUCUGCAUCUCAUUUCAUCAUCGUCAACAUCAAAUUCUACUAUUUUAAAUUCUUUAUAA